UUGUUUUGUUUGUUUCUGUCCCCCCUUCUCUUCCCUCUUUCCCAAGAUAAAUCACAUGGUUCCUUUUUUGUUUGAAAGUAAAUUCUCUCUUGUGGUCUUGAAGGGAGCUGGAGGCUGGGUGACAAUGAAUGCAGCAAGGUCAGCUCUCUGGAAAGUUUCAGGAGUGCUGCAAUGGCUGAAUGAUCUAUUGAUGAAGAAAGGAAAUAUAAAAUAUUGAAGAAGAAUUCUGUAUUUGUUUAAUUCCUGAGUCUGUUCAACCUGAAGAGAAGUUCCUUAGUUUAAAUAACUAAUGGCAAUACAGCGCAGAAGAAAGAAAAUAUAGGAAUAUGUAAUCUUUGUUGGAAACCUUCUUUGUAGGAGCUUUUCCAGAGAUUUUGUAUCUCUCUUCAAACUCUGAGUGUUAGGAAAGAUGUAAUGUAAUAUCAAACUUCAUUUUUUUCUCUUAUUCUACAGUUCCUUCUUUUAAAGCAUCUCUUCCAAGCUGAUAGCCUCCUAAAUUUCUAGACACAAUUGUAGUCUUUGUAGGAAAUUACUUAUCGUGAUGAUUGCGGCCUCACUGGCAUCAUUUCCAUUUGAAAUUCACCAGUAUUAAAGAAAUGAAUGACGCUAUCUUAAAAAAAAAAAAAAAAUGUUUUUUGGAGGCACAGGAGGUCUUGUCAGACAGCAUCAUACAGCUAAAUCUUUAGGACAGUUUGACUCAUUUUUCUUUCCCUAAUAUGUGCAUCUCUGUACAAAUGAGGUCUUGCUUUCAGUGACUCAACCCUUAGUCUUUCAAAAUGGCCCAAUAAAGAAAGGGAAUGACUUUAUCUAAUUUUCUGAACAUUUUUGCUGUUAUCAUAUUAGUUGUUUCCAGGACAAUGGGCAGUUCAGAGCUUGCUAACAGCUCUUCCUACUGUCUUCCUACUGAUUCACAGGUAAUACAAUGUGAAAAAGUUCUGGUCCCUUACUUCAGUUGGACCAGGUACUGGAGGAGUUUCUGGGACUAUUUGGCACUCACAUUCUUGUAAAUCCUUUUGAGAGAAAUAGAUAAGCACAGAUUCUCACCUCUUGUUCCUUCACUUACAAGCUACUUCUCUCAAAUUCUGGGGAGAAAACCCAUCCAUGCAGUUUUUAGAAGAGGGACAACUUCCCAAGUGCGAGGUGGGCUUGCAGAAAGGAUCAGGCCCAGCCAGUCACAUUCUUUUCUUGCAGGGACACACGCUUCUGGAGUGGAAAGACUCCAGCCUUGCCCUCCCCUGCAGUAACCUCUUGUGGUUGAAUGCCUGCUGUUCAGUUUUGUCUUUGGGCCACAUGUCUCUAAGAAAGGUUCAAGGAAUGAAACAUCACAUCUACCCCAGCUGCUUUCAGCUCUGAAUAGCAAAGCAGAGACAUUUGGUUUUCAAACCAAAGAAGUUCUUGUUUUAGCUUUUGCCAUCGUUUUGUCUCACACCCCAGGCCCAGGUCUUGGACUCCUUUCUUGCUGCAUCACAGUGCCCUGAGGACCCUGCCUGCUCUCCCUGCGGUUUCUCCCCAGGUUUCUCUGUUGCUUUCCAUUGCACAUCAUGAAGAAGAGGGAGAAAUGUCUCAAAAGUUUGAGCAGCUUCAGAGCAGCAACUUUUUCUCUAACAGCUCACAUGACCUUUCCUGGCUGGAAGAAGAUAUGAAACCAAGAGGUGCAGGGGCUCACUCAUGACAGCUGAUCUCAUCCUCUAUGAGCAAAGGUGAUUUUGCCCAAAAUAUUGUGCUGUCAGAAGAGACUGGACUGAGUGAGAAAGGUGAAAAGCAAGCAAAAGACCAUUUAAAAAUAAGCAGUACCAAUGACUUGUGGAAAUUUUCCUUAUCUGAUGAUUUAAUAUUCCCAAGUGGGAUGAAAUCCUGAAAAAUUUACAGAUCCAAACACAGCUACUCUCCUAACAGACAGUUCAGCUGUGCUGGUCAAAUGUGAAACACUUUUUUUUAAAAAACACACUUUUCCAUUCCCAGGUUGAUUUCCAAAGUUACCAAGAGGAAUUGAAACAGAUUACUUAUGCUAACAGCAUGAGUCUUAUGACUAGCACCUGGUGCAGAACAUUGGAAAAAUUUAACUGGGAUGUUCACACCUUUCCUUAUUUUAUCUGUCAAAUAACAAAAUGAACUUUAUUUUAUUUUUUUAUUAUUUCUUUUUUUAGUAAUUGGUUUGAUGUUUUGAUUCUUUGCUUUUUUAGAUUUGCCAGACUAGUGACCAAACAAGGAUGUGAAUUUUUAUAGCAUUGCUCUGAUUUCUUUGACCAUCAUCAUCACUUAUCCUGUAUUAGAUCUAAUCAGAAAAAAGAUCUUCACCUCAACUGAAAUUCCAAUUAUUUGAUAUUUCUUUUAGACACCAGAAAUAACUAAAAAUGAAAAUGCUAUGUAACCUCAUGAAAAUAAAAAGUUUUAAAAUAUUUUGACUCAAGUAGUGCCAAAAUGAGAAAGUCAAAAGUUUUCUAUAGAAAUAAAAGUGGACGUUGAGCAAUUCAAAAGUAGCAGAGGUACAGAGAGAAUAUGCUUGAAAAGGUGCAUUUCUCCUUUGCCUUCUCCGCUUAACUCAGAGGAGCACAAAUGUUAAGUUAAUGAUGCAUAAUGUAGACGUAGGUCCACAAAGAUGCAGCUCAGGACAUUUGUAAGUGGAUAAUAACUGCAGCAAAACAGCGUGUGAUUGCUUAAGUGUUCGAAUCUUUGAUAGAAUAAAUCAGUUCUGCAAAGAAUACUUUAGUAUUAGAAAGGCUUGCCUCUGGCACACUGGGUCAUUUAAAAUGGUCUGUUUUCAAAUGUGUACCUAAAUGACCUUAUGCUAAGUUGUUCUUCUACUGCAUUACAAGAAAAUAAAAGGGAAUGACGGGAAAUGAGCACAUCACAGUCACAUGCUGAAGGCACUUGAGGGUGAAGCCCCAGCUCUAUCCCCAGUGCAGGUCCCCAGCCUACGCUGUGUCGCAGUGGAGACCCCUGUGGGUGCACACACACACAUAUACAUAUAUAUAUAUUUAAAGAAAAGUUGUCUCAGCCUUCAAGAAAUUUACAGCAUGUGUAACAGUGACGUUUGGUGUCCUGGACAAACUACCAGAAUUAGAGAUGAAUCACCAGGUAUAGGGAAAACGACCUUCCCGUCAGGUCAUUCUAAUUUCAUGGUAACGAGAUUAGAGUAAUGCUAGCAACAGGUUUCCAAGAGGAAAGGGGGAUGAAGUUUCACUGCCAGCAGCCCAUGCCAGCUAUUUGUUUGAGUCUGAACACCUGAAAAUUGUCCAGUGGAAUGUAAGAGAUGCAGGCAUGAGGACUGGCAUCGCCCUGGCGGCUGCUGACCUGUCCCCAGCUUGGGGGGAGCUGCUGUGAGGCAGCAGAGCAAUGAGAGCCGGUGCUGGCAGCUGUGUGCUCGCUGCCAAGCCACAAGCAGCAAUUUCCGACAGAUUGCAUCUCACAAGGACGCGUGCAAGGAAGCGGUUGCUGUUUCAUCUUUGUUAACAGGAGCUCUGCUUCUGACCUCAUGCAUGUGCAUCUCUACACCUUUGUGUUUCUAAAGGAAGUAUUCUUCAUUUAUCAUUCUCCAAAUCAAAUCCUGGCUGUGUGGGUUAGUGACCUUACGCAGCAGAAACUAAGAGGAAAAAGAUGCAGCAGCCUGCCUGCAGGUUUGUGCCCUGAACCAGCUGCAUGCCAAGCUCAGUCUCAGAGGCAGGACACACUGGCAGAAGCACUUACAGCAAAAGACUCUGCAAAUGACUUUGCCCGGAGAGGAAGGGAAGGAGAAAAGAAGGGAUUUCUGCCUCUUCUACUUCCGACCCUUUUGCUCCUGCUCUCCCCCUGCCCUGCCUUAGUGCACAGCAGCAGGCUGAGCUGUGGUAGGUGUCUCCAUGGACACCAGCAGCACCCUGAAACUUCUGUCUUCAUUUUCACGUUGCAUUUCACUUUUUACCCUGUGCUCUGCACCAUAGGGGACCAAGAAGGGGACAAUGCCAGGCACAAAUCUGGAAGAAAUCUGAAGACAGAAAUCUUCAGAUGCUCUCUGGAGGCAGAAACUCUAGAAGGCAGAGAAAGAUGCUGCAAUUUAGUAAAGACGCUUCACCCCACAAAGCUAUUGUGCUGGGUACACAGAAGGGAGGAGGGGGAGACAGGGAAGAUAAGGGCACAUCCGCUCUGUAUUUUGCUGCUCUGUUAGAAUCUGCAAAUGUCACGCUCUCCCAUCGUCUAUCUGUGGGGCUGCAAUCCCUCUCAGGAUAAGCUGGGAAGAGAUACACUAUUGGCUAUUUCAUAUGCAGUGUGUCAUCUGGCAGGCUGUAUAUAUCACAGGGAAAGCAGAGACCACUCAGUCUCUGAGCAAAGCUGCUUCCAGUGAAUAGCUCAGAGAUACUUUGAGGAUGGAAAUAAAUGGAAAAGGCUUCCCUUGCUUUUUUAGCUCUGACAAGCUCUGAAAACUGCUGGGAAAAAGACCUGAUUGGUGAAGGACUAUGUGGAAAAGCAAUAUAGCAGUUUUCCAAGGAGAAGUUGUGGGAGAGGAGCAGAACAGUGUCCAGAGGGAAAUAUUCACCAGGAUUUCUUCCUAGGUGCAGAGAGAAAGUGUUUGGGGAUCUCUGAUAUUUCUGCAUCUGAACUAGCUCCUGUGUCAGGACAUAUGGGACUGGAAAAGAAGAACAGCAGCUGGAGAGUCCCUGGGGUUAAGCUGACAUGUUAUCAGCACGGGAAGAAGGACCCACAUAUCAGCUCUUUGAUGUAGUUUGCAACUAUGGGGCAUAUUUUUAAAAUGCAAGGAUGUGUGUUCCCCCCUGCAACCACUGACUUUAGCACCUGAGCUCCCCGGAAGGAGGGAGGGCAGAGAAACGUGCAGCCUGCCCCAGUCUCUCCAGGGUGCCAGGGACACCGGCGGCACUGGAGCUUUGCUUCCCAAGCCAUGAGCAGACACACGUGGUUCCCUUUGCAGUAUAUCUCCAAGCCCUUCUGGAGAACAGAGAAUCACACCACCAGCUUCUUCUCCACACUGUAUGGCUUCCCAAACCAAUCCUUCUUUCACAGUGAUCUGGACCUGGAGGACCUGGGGGACUUUGGCAGUGGCACCAGGUAUGAGGGUGAGUCCCAGAGCCGGACGGUGAAGGCGCUGCUGAUCGUAGCCUACUCAGUGAUCAUCUGCAUCUCCCUCUUUGGAAACACGCUGGUGUGCCACGUGGUUAUCAAGAACAAAAGGAUGCACUCAGCCACCAGCCUCUUCAUCGUCAACCUGGCCGUUGCCGACGUGAUGAUCACCAUCCUCAACACACCCUUCACGCUGGUGCGUUUUGUAAGCAGUACCUGGGUUUUUGGAAAGCUGAUGUGUCAUGUAAGCCGAUUUGUUCAGUACUGUUCCGUUCACGUGUCUGUAUUGACCCUUGCUGCCAUUGCUCUGGAUCGGCAUCAGGUUAUCAUGCACCCUCUCAAGCCACGCAUGUCCAUGGUGAAAGGAGGGAUUUGCAUCAUUAUCAUAUGGGUUUUGGCCAGCUGCUUCUCAUUGCCUCAUGCCAUUUAUCAGACCUUGACAAGAUUUUACAUCGGGAACAGAACAAUACGAAUGGUCUGCCUACCCAGCUUCCCUCCUCCUGCUGACCUUUUCUGGAAGUAUUUGGACUUGACUACUUUUGUUCUCUUGUAUGUCCUGCCCUUGCUUGUGAUCUCCAUCACAUACACCAUGGUAGCUAAGAAGCUCUGGCUGAGGAAUGCCAUUGGGGACAUCACGAUGGAGCAAUACUAUGCACAUCAGCGGAAAAAGAAGAUGACGCUGAAGAUGCUGAUGGUGGUGGUGAUUGUGUUUGCAGUGUGCUGGUUCCCUCUGAACUGCUAUGUGGUGUUGAUCUCCUGUAGGGCUAUCCACAGCAGCAAUGCUCUGUACUUCGCUUUUCACUGGUUUGCCAUGAGCAGCACUUGCUACAAUCCCUUCAUUUACUGUUGGCUGAAUGAGAGCUUCAGAUCUGAGUUGAAGUCUUUGCUGUGCGUGUGCCGGCGAAGGAGUGCAGCCCAGAGCCAUGCUCUGCAGUCCAUCUCCCCUCCGUUCAGGCAUGCCUGGGUUGAGAACUGCCAUUAUAAGAGAGGCAGUGCCUGCCAGAAAACACGGGCAACCUCCCAGAGGAACUCUGCAAAGACAGACAUAUCCAGCGUUCAGCCAAUUGUGGCAGAAAACUAAACCCUUGAUCUGACGGCCAGGCAGCAUUCUGUUAUAAUUGCAAAGUCACAGGGAAAAAAUGGAUUGGAAAGGGCUGCUGGAGAUCAUCUCGCCCAGCCUUCCUCCCAAAACAAGCUAACUUCAAAGUUCAGUUGGGUUGACUGAGACCUUGUCCAGUCAGGUUUUCCGGGGGUGAACAGCUCAUAUGUGGGUUCCAGAAUGAAGUGUGUAGAGUGAACUUUUCAUCUAAACAGUCAGCAAAACCAAAAAUUCUUCAGUAGCACACCAAAUCUUUCAUAGCCGGAGCAAAUGAAAAGAACCUAUAGGUAUGAACUAAUGCAUACUGUUUUAAAGUAGGUGGUUGUUUAUGCAUAUAGAAACACGGCAUUGAUUCCACACUUUUAUUUAUUUGUAUUUUAUUUAAGAGUAAUAAAAUUUGUAGCCAUUCUCAAAUUUCCACACACAACAUCUUAGCUGUUUACUCUGCUGUUAUACAAAUUACUCAGCUCUGCUCAUCUGAUUCAUUGUGAUCCAGAAGUGUUUAUGCCAGUACCAUAUACAGAUGUGCUUCCUGGUAGAGGAGGUAACAUCUCAAAAAUCACAACGAGAACACAACUUAGAAACAGGACAGCAAAAAAGUUACUCCAUUCUUCUUUCAAUUGUUUGUUUUGUUCUGUAAAGGUCACUCCCAGUCACCACAAAACAUUGUUUAAACUGCAGUGUCUAGCCAGCUGAGGAACCAAUCCUUUCUUAAAACACAUACCACAUACCAUUUUGUUGAGAACCAACCCAAUGCCCACUAGCCAAACACCGCCUGCAAGCCAAAUAAAUGGUUUCAGAAUAAUUUUGCAUUUUUGCACUUUCUACUACUUUUCUUUUGUGAUGUCUUUCUAUUAUCUACAUAGGUGAUACUAAAUUGGAAGUCAAAUGUUCAUGGUGGAAAUCAUUUUUUGGACUGUGUGCCAGUGAUCAGUGCAGACACCAACCUGAGCCUCACAGAGACUGUCAUUCCCAGUGGUGCCAGCAAGUUAAGCUGGUGACUCCAGGGCAGCUCUGCAGGCUGGAAUAUGACAGCUCGUUGGGUAUGCUCCAAGGACUGGUGAAAUCAAAGGCUAUCACCCCUACCUCAUAUUCCAAAUCAUGAGUGGUGACUUAACUGUCCUGUCACUUACCAGUUGCGAACUGCCCUGUGACCAGUUUGUGCUGGGAACACUGGCUAACUGUAGGCAAGCAAACUGGGGGGGUGGCUCCAUGUGUGAGAGAGGGUGGCUUGCAAACUCACGAGUGAGUGUAAGGUCCAUGCAGAAAUAUGGCUCUCUUGAGCUGUCCAUGAAAACAUGGCUAAAAAUAAAACCAGUACGCAAGCACACAGAGAUGGUGAAGUCUGAAUUGUGACAGCAUGGACAUGGUGACCAAGGAGGUGUUGGCCACUAGGAACCUGUCCUAGGUAUUGGCCACAAGGAACAUGUGAGUCUGAGUGCAAAACAAUAUAAUUCUGGAAAUCAAGAUACUUUAAUGAUAGGUACAGAGCCUGUUAACACGUAGUCUGAUGCUGUGUUUGCAUCUAAUGAGGAAUCUGUGAAGCUGAGGGAGAAGUAAUUGUAAGGCAAAUCUUGUAAGAUUUGGAAGGGGAGAGGUGAGCGGUGCACCAUACAAGGAGCAGAGAUGACACAUCACUUGGGAUACUGCAAAACACACUGGCAUAUCCAAUUCUAGUGCUUAAAGUAAAUGCUUGCCUCUUGCAAAUGGCAAUACCUUGUAACUGUCAUGUCUAUGGGAAUUACUGUGCAGAAGGGUGUGCUUAGGGAAGGAAAUUGAAUUUAAAAAAUGUCUUCAGAGAACGAGCACCCAGGACUCAGAUAUCUUCUCUAAUUCACUCACAAGAAAUGUGUUUGACAGACUUUCUCAUGCAGGCGUUAUCAUCUGAGCGCUUAUUUUACUUACGUUAAUAAACAAGUGUAAGUGGAGCUCUGAAUGGAGCUGGCACAGUGGAGGCAGA